GCCUGUUGGUAGCAGCCUAGCUGACGUCUGGUCUGGGGGUUCUUGUAGGUGGCAGUGGCUGAAGCCGGCGUUGGGGAAAAAAACCGAAAGCUGAGGAGAGGCCAUGGACGACCAGGGCUGCCCCAGGUGUAAGACCACCAAAUACCGGAAUCCUUCUUUGAAGCUGAUGGUGAACGUGUGCGGACACACUCUAUACAAUAAAAGGGAAGAAGAUUUUCCUAGUUUAAGAGAGUAUAAUGAUUUUCUGGAAGAAGUGGAGGAAAUCGUUUUCAAUUUGACCAACAAUGUGGAUUUGGAGAACACUAAAAAGAAAAUGGAAAUCUAUCAAAAAGAAAACAAAGAUGUCAUUCAGAAAAACAAAUUAAAGCUGACUCGGGAGCAGGAGGAAUUGGAGGAAGCAUUGGAGGUAGAACGCCAAGAAAGUGAACAGCGACGACUGUUCAUACAAAAGGAAGAAGAGCUGCAGCAGAUUCUGAAAAGGAAGAACAAACAGGCCUUUUUAGAUGAGCUGGAGAGCUCCGACCUCCCUGUUGCUCUGCUCUUGGCGCAGCAUAAAGACAGAUCUACCCAGCUGGAAAUGCAGCUUGAGAAGCCCAGAUCCAUGAAGCCGGGGACGUUUUCCACAGGAAUUAAAAUGGGUCAACAGAUUUCAUUAGCACCAAUCCAAAAGCUGGAAGAAGCUCUUUAUGAGUACCAGCCCCUGCAGAUAGAGACCUGUGGACCACAAGUUCCUGAGCAAGAGCUCUUAGGACGGCUUGGGUAUUUAAACCACGUCCGGGCUGCAUCUCCACAGGAUCUUGCUGGCGGCUAUACUUCUUCUCUUGCUUGUCACAGAGCACUACAGGAUGCGUUCAGUGGGCUUUUCUGGCAGCCCAGAUAACCUGGGUUUUCUCAUGUCUAAGAUCUGGAUCUUGGAGCCAAACCAAGGGCUUUGAAAGUAACAAAGUCUGUAAAGUCCCAGCCCGGCAGCUGCACAGCGCCCCACCACUGCUGGUGUGCCCCGCAGCUGCACAGCGCCCCACCACUGCUGGUGUGCCCCGCAGCUGUACAGCGCUCCACCACUGCUGCUGUGCGCAGGUCUUCAUUGCAGUCUGCACCAAGCUGAGAAAUGUAUGCAUAUAGAUUCAUGGCAGAGGUUUAUUUUUUACUUCUGUUCUUCAGACAGGGAUGAAGAACAUUAAACCUCAUCUGACAGGAAAGAAAUAAAUGAUUUGCCUAUGUAUGGAGUUGACCUAUACAUUUUUUAAAAAAUAAAG